AUGUCGACAAAUAAAUCACGGAAUAGAAACAGUUUGCUAUCGUCGCAUAGCAGAUCAUCCUACUCAAAUUCAAACACCAAAGAUGAAAUAAUAGCCAUGAAAUAUCUGAUGGAUAAACCAGAUUUACCUAUUUAUCCCAUGUCAGAUCAUAUGCAGAAAAACUCAUCCACUGAUGUCAAAACUAACCAGAAUCAUGAAAAAUCAGAACAGAUUUAUCCAGAUUUCAUGCCAUGGAAAGAUCACACCCAAUUGUCUACGGAUCAACAAGAAAAACAACACCAAAGAUUGAACAAUGCAUCUUAUCUAAAUAAAGGGUAUUUUGAAGCACCUCAAGUUGCCAAUGAAUACUACUCAGCAAGAAAUUUGAUACUGGCAACGGUGUUUUUAUCUAAUGACAAUUGUAAUACCGUGGUUAAGGAAUUAUCGACAUAUUUAACUAAUGCAUAUAAAACAAGAAAUGAAGUCAUUAACAAAAUCAAGUAUGAUUCAAACCAUUUUAAGAUCCCAAACAGAGUCACUUUGACAAGCAAUAAAAAAGAAGCAUGGUUGAGAGAGAUAAGUAACUAUAAUGUUCCGUUAAAAAAAAUCGGUGAAAAAAUUCCCCAUGGUCUUAGGAAUAAAGUACUUAUAGAUGCCAUCUGUACUAGAGGUGUUCCUAUAAAUCGAUCAAUUUGGUUAACUAAAUGUGUCUUGUAUGGUGAAUUGGUCUCUUUGAGAAGAAAACAUCAAAAUAGAAUGUCUGUAAGUGGAACAAUACCUCUGGUUAAUGAUUUCAACACAUUUGAGAAAUUUGAAGUCCAUUGGCUACAGGAAUGGACACAACAGGUUGCAGAUUAUGUGUUGAAAUUUUCAAGAGAAAUGCUGUCAAUAAAUUCCACUGAAAAGAAAGCACAAUAUUUAAGGAAAUUCAAUCAUUUGAUCAAUUAUGUUAAGUCAUUAUAUGUGGAAUCAUUGCUUGAUAAGUCAUUUUUCUUAUCUCUGGUGUUGAGAUUCUUAAAAGAUGGUCUUCCUUUACAACCAAAACAUAUUGACCAGUUAUUAUCUAUAAGUACCGAUGAUAAUAACCGAUCAAUGAGUAGUGGCAAUGAUAGUGGUGAUGGCGAUGACGACAAUGACGACGAUUAUGAUGAUAAUGAACUUGCGGGGAAGCAAAAUUCGUGGAUACAUGAUGUUGAUAUGAAUUAUGGACAACGCUUAGCCGCAUUGACUUUGAUUAAAGUAUUUUGGAACGAUUUGAUAAAAGUAGAUUAUUUAUCCAAAGAAUUGAGUGAACUUUUACUUUUGAAUUAUUUUUUCAUUGAAAGAUGGUCUACAUCACCUACCACUUCAGCUACAUAUGAAAAGUUUGGGUUAUCUGACGGCUUGAGGUUCAAAAUACUUAAAUUGAUCACAGAUACAGUAAAGUAUCUAUUUGAAUUCAAUUGCAAUAUCUUUAUCAUACCAAACUAUUGGAUGCUUAUAGAAAGUUCGUUGGUUAAAAUUUUGUUGAAUUCAUUCAAAGAAGGUGGAUCUGAAAAGGAACACGAACAGAUCCUUAAACAACUAGAGCUCAUCAAAUAUAGAAAUGAAAGUUUGAUUUUAAAUAUGAAGAACGAAGCAAAUGUGAAUUCUGAAAACAACAGGUUAAUAAACCGUUCAGCAUCGUUCAGUGGAUUUAAUUCAACAGCAGUUUCUCCAGCUCCAAGCAGUAACGUGGAAACUGAUUACACUUUUAUCAAUAGGAAUUCAGAUGAUAUUUUGAAUAUAAUUGAAAAGUUGGAUACAUUACGCUUUAAUGAAGAAUUUUCAAAUUUACUUAAACCAGGCAGGAAGGGAAAUAAAAACUGGCAACUCAAUUUGAAAGUUGUGUUAUGUUGGUGUGUUUCUCCAUCAAGAGAUUAUCGUGAUUCCAUUGGAGAUAUUUUAUUUAUUUGCAAUUUCUUACGCAACAACGUACUGGCUGAUUUGAACAAGUCGUUGAAGGCGGAAUUUGAUAAUGAAAUACUUGAAAUUAUUUAUCAAAUUGCUGAAGAUACAACUCUGAAUUUUGUGAAUGCUAAUUUGUAUGUUUUGAUCAAUGAAUUAUAUCAAUUGAAACUCAUUACAAUUGCUGCCUAUUUGAGAAAAUUGAUUGCAUCAGGUAUAUUCUACUUAGAACCAGGUACUCAUCAGGAUUUGAAUAAUCUUCCACUAGUUGCAAGAACCCAUUUGGAGAUCUUGGAAAAUCUUCCGGUUUUAAAUAAUCGACAAUGUGAUAGUAUUUUGAAGAAAUGGACACCGUCAGGAUUUGAUUUCAAAGGAAAAUUUACCGAUGGGCAAGCAAUGUUGCAGAAAUCUAUCAUUGAUAAAGUGUUUAGCAAUUCAUUAAACCGUCAUGAGAACACAGAAUGCACUAAUUAUAUCAGUUCCUUAAAUGUUGGUUUACAAUUCUUAUUGAUCAACUGGCUUACUAAUGAAAUAAAAUCCAAAAGUAGCUCGGCUGUACGUUUGAUUCAUUUUACUCCAGCAGUAGUAACUAGUUUGUAUCAAUUUUAUAGUCAAACGGCAGGUUUGACUGUGUUUUUCAAAGUGCUUAUCCCAACGAUUUUGAAGAAUGACGGUGGGAUGAUCAUUUUCUAUCUCGAUACUUUAUUCUUGAUUUCAAAAUUAACUGUCAGACACUUUAAAUUGAUCAAAUUUAUUCCUGGUGGUUACGACAGCCCAUGUAUUGGGUAUGAUAUUUUUAAAUUAAUUGUUCAAGCUUAUAAGGAUUUGUGUGGUAGAGAAUAUGAUUACUUCAGAUUUGAUAACCUUUGGAAUUUUAUGGAUGCAGUUAUUGAGAAGGCUCCUGAAAACUCACAUACCAAUGAAGGGUUUUCAAACAGCGAACAGUCUUUGCCUAAAUUGCCAAAUUCACUAACAGGAAAGGAUACAUUAGAGUCACCUAUGCAUAUUAAUACAGUUGAAAUCCCUGCAGCACGCCUGCAUGCCGAAACCCGUUCAGGAAGUAGAAGAUACACCUCGACUGAUUUUAGAAAUGACAUUUCAUACUUGCGUGGGUUGGUUCUUCAACCACUUACCCCUGAAGAUUCAGAUGAAAUUCGGGCAAUGUUUGAAACUGAUAUUAUUGGCACAGAAUUACAAUAUUGGUAUGACAAUUUUGAAAAUUUAUCAGAAGAGAAAGAGAUUGCUUUAGUUAAACUUUUGCGUAGUAUUUUAGUCUCGGAUCAAUCUUUUACCACUAAAAUUAGAGAGUUCCUUGUUGAAUCUGUGAAAAAUUCCACUGACUCCCAAAGAUUAACCACAUUCUUGAUGAAGAUGAAUGUUUAUGAUAUUACUAGGAUGAAUGAGUUGGUUAAAACUCUUCUUCCAGUCUGCUCGGAAUCGGGUCAAGAAUCUAUAGUUGAUGAAUUGGUACUUGGAACUGAGGGUAUCGAAAACAGAGUACUUAGUAUUUCACAAAAGGUAUUGCUUGAACUUAAUCGUCAUUUCUAUCGAGUUAGAUCCAUCAAGUCAUAUUCAAUGAUUAUACUGCGUGGGUUGUUGAAAGGAGGACCUGCAUUUUCAAAUGCUUUCUUUGUUAAAUACAGAAUACCUAUCUUGAGAUUCCUUAAUCUUGCAAUUGUCACCAACACGAAGAGCAUUCUAAAUGAGUUGUAUAUCAAAUUACCAAGAGAAGACUGUCUUGAAUUGUUGAAUAUUCAACUUGGACGUACCGAAGAUAACUUCAUAAAAACAUUAGGUGAUUUUGAGAAAUUUAUUCCAGAAAUUGACGAAUUUAAUUUACCAGUUUGCCAAAUUUUAUUGGGUGUCAUAUCUAAUUCUUUAGUACCUUUGGACUUUUCAAUGGUAAAAGAACAAUUGGAGCAUUUCAUGAAUGUUUUAUUGUCAACUAUGAACUUGAGGUUUUCCAACAGCAAUUCUUUUUUUGGAGAAUUGUUUAGUUUUAUGGCUUGGACUCAUAAAAUCUGUAUUUUGGAAAUUUUGGAAACCAAAUUUUUAACUGAAACUAAAUUCGAUAAUGGUAUUGAAUUGUUUGUUACACCAACAUCCCAACAGAACUUAUUACCUUCACUUAAUGAUUUCCUUAAAAAGUUUGCCGCAUCAUCAUCUUCGUCUGCCAAUUCGGUAGAAAGUGAUAAGAACUUAUUGCAAAAGUUGUUAGAAUUUAUUGACAAGUUAGUUGCUGUUGUUAAUUCUGAAGAGGUUGUUGAACCAACAGACAGUAUAAGUUGUGCAAUCUCAGUGUUUUUAAGAAUAUUGAUAAUUCAUAAACUGUCAUUAUGUGAGUACAUUUCAAUUUGGACCACUGAUCAGUUGGUUAUAUCAUUUGUAUCUAAGUUGAUUGACUUGUUGAAUUCCAAAUAUUUAAGCAAUAGUGAUGACAAGUUAAGAAUUUUACUUUAUGAUCUUUUGCUUUUGAUGAAAUCGGGUAUUACCCAAGAGAUGCAUUCAACUAGAGAUACUGAAUUAUCUGACAGUACAUCUCCACAACACCAUGUUAAUGAACCAUUAAAGCAACAACAGGCUAAAGAUAUUGAACAUGAAGCUACUUCACCUAAAUCAAAAGAUUCCAAGCUAGAGAAUGUACAUAUUGUAUCACUGAUACAAAGUUUGUUUGAUUUGCCAGAACCAAGUACGGCUAAUCCAUUUGCUGCUUAUCUAAAUGAUAGUUUGGUUAAAUGCUCAUUGAUGUUGGACAAUGAUGAACUUGAACGAGGUGGGGAUAUCAGUGUAUUUAACAAUCGAGGACUUGUAUUAAAAUCUACUAGAAAUGAAAGUUCUGAGUUGACAUCAUUUGGAGAAAACAAUAUCAUGAAAUCAAAGAAUCAACAAGUUAAAGAUUUCAAAUUUAAGAGUUUUGAAAUACUUGAAGAUAUUGGAACAAAUUCAUUAAAUGAUGGGUGCAUUAAUUUGCAAUUGUUUGAUGCUUAUACCACCAGGGAGAAUCCACCAUGA